CUAGUUUCAAGAUCACACACACAAACACAUAGUUAGAGAGAGAGAGAGAGAGAGAGAUGGAUUUCAAGCAUUUCAGCCACCCCCACAACCUGAGUUUCCACCAAAUUCCUCAAGGCACCGACGCCCACUGCUUCGGCUGCAACUUCCCUGCGGUCGGCACCGUGUUCAUGUGCUGGCAAUGCCAAUUCUUCCUCCACCACCAAUGCUUCCUCGCAACUCGCUCUCUCAACCACCCUACUCACCCACCUCACCCUCUCUCCCUCCUCCCUUCUCCCACCUACCCCUGCGGUUCCUUCUUCUGCAAUUCCUGCAAUCUCCCCGGCACCGCCUUUUCCUACAGUUGUGCCCAUUGCGAGUUCGACCUCCAUCUCCACUGUGCUUCCCUUCCUCAACCCACCACCACCACAACACAUAUUCCUAACCAAUAUGCUUACACUCCUCAAAUUUCAACUACCCAUCAAUCUCUUCACAUCAAUAAUAGUCCUAGUCCAAUAAUGGGUCCAACUCCAAGUCAUAAAAAAACCCCACCACCACAACCUCAAGGAGUGAAGCAUUUCACCCACAAUCAUCCUUUAAAUCUCACCGAUAUCCGACAAGUGGAUCUUAUUACUUGCUCUGGCUGUGAAAAGAAACUUUCGGGAUUAGUUUACAGUUGUUCCCAGUCCAAUAAUUGCAAAUUCUAUCUCCACCAGCAAUGCUUCGGAUUGCCACCGGAGAUCAACCACGAGUCUCAUCCAAACCACUCUCUCACCCUUCUCUGCUCUCCACCUUACAAACAAGACAAUGCGUUCACUUGCAAUGCUUGUCUCUCGAACGGGUCUGCUUUUAGCUACCACUGCUCGGCUUGCAAUUUCGACCUUCACGUCGAUUGUGCUUUCUUGCCGGAGACUGUGAGAAAUGGGAAUCACAAUCACCCGCUGACUCUCUUCUAUUCGUUUCCAUACAAUAAGACUGGGUACAAAGAAGGUGAGGUGAUCUUUGGCUGUGAUGUAUGUGCUAAGAGUGUCGACAUUGAUUACUGGUUCUAUUAUUGUACACAAUGUGACUAUGGUACACAUUUGGAGUGUGUGAAUGCGAAAGCACCCCCGAAAGAAGAGUUAUCGGAAGAUUUGUUAGCUGCAGCUUUGAUCGAGAUGCAAAGGCUUGAACUUCAAUCGACAUUGAAUGCUAUCAACAAUGCAGCCCGGCUCAAUCGGUUGAGGGUGGAGGCUGGGGCAGGAAUUUAACAUUUACAAAGUCAUUUCCAAGCAAACUAUCAAAAUUGAAGGGAUUUUUGAGCUUAUCCAAAAUCAAACUAUCUAUGAUCAACAUAGGAUGAAGAUUGGUUGACUGAGUUUCUGGAGUUUGUUUUUCUGUUUGGAAUUAUGUUUGUGUUUGGUGUAUUUUGUUGAGUUUGUGAUGUGUUUGAUUUCACUGUUUCAAGUUUGGGCAUUUAAAUGAAGUUUCAUUUUAAAACA